AUGAAGGCUGCUUUCUCCCUCCUCUACCUCAUCGGCCUCGUCGUCGCGUUUCCUACCGACCUCGCCGCCGACCUCGCCGCAGAGAUCCCCUCCUGCCCCAUGGACUGUGUGAUCCCGGCCGUUGGCCAGUCGGGCUGCGAGCUCCACGAUCUGCUGUGCAUGUGCAAUCCGGAGGCCCAGGCCAAGGUGCGGAACGCGGCGGCGCCCUGCUUCGCGAACUGCGUCGCCUCUGACAUAGCCGCUGCCGAGGGAUUCAUCAGCUCGGUUUGCCAGUAA